AUCAGUCCGGAAUGGAAUUUUACUUCUUAGUUACUUUGAUGUGCAUCUUAUUGGGAUCUUUGAACAAUGUGCAAUCAGAGAGGACACCUUUCGACUCGCAGAACCAGUGUGAAGCAUAUUGUUUCAAAGCAUUGCAGCCGUUGCUGGACCAUUUGUAUGUCAUGAAGAAUCUUUGGUUGACCUGCGAUGCAAACAAAUUGGCGAAUGCGGCGUCCAGGCUGGAUAAGAUCGAAGGUCAGCUGGCUACACAGGCAGAGACGUCAACCAGAUUUAGCAGCACAAUCGAGGAAGUAAAGCAAAAAGUAACGGAGCAAGAAAACUUAAUGGCCAAACGCAAAAAAGUUCCCCACAAACCGUUCCAGCAAAUCGGAUCCAAGUUUUACUACAUUGAGCAACAAACGCCGCUCAAUUGGUUUGCCGCUGCACACAAAUGCAUCGCACUUGGCGCCCAUCUGGUAGAGCUAAAUGAUCAGGAAGAGCUGAAUGCGAUCAUUCCAUUCUUGGAUGCUCAGAAAUUGUAUUGGACUGAUAUCAAUGACCUUAGCUUGGAGGGGUUUUACCAAUCGCUAACAACUGGUCUGAAAGCCAAAUUCCUGCGCUGGAAUCAAAAGGAACCCAAUAGUUUAAAAGGUGAAAAUUGCAUUCAUAUGUUAAGCACAGAGUUCGUAAUGAAUGACUUAAGUUGCGAGGAAAAGUGUCAUUUCAUUUGCGAAUUAUCAGAUGAAUAGCUGUACCAAACUUUG